AUGAUAUCCACAUUACAGAAAACCAUCAAACCAGUGUGGGCUGUCAGAGGACUGCACAAGUCUGCAGUGGAAGCCUUGAAGGGUCUGGCCCCUGAGAACACAGUCACUGCCAGUUAUGGGAAGUUCAUCAGUGAAGUGAAGCCCCAGCACUUGUCCUCUGUCGUGCUCCACCGCAGCAAAAGGAUGGUGCUGGACAGCAUUGGAGUUGGUCUGAUUGGCAGCACAACAGGAGUGUUUGAGCUGGCCUUACAGCACUGCAAGCACACGUAUGCUCCCAAUGACAUCAGCUCUGUGUAUGGCCGCAGUGGCACCAGACUCUCCCCGACACUUGCAGCUUUCGUCAAUGGAGUGGCUACUCACUCCAUGGACUUUGAUGAUACAUGGCACCCUGCCACUCAUCCCUCAGGAGCGGUCCUUCCUGCUGUGUUAGCUCUCAGUGACAUGAUGCCUGCGAACAGCAAACCUUGUGGUCUGGAUUUCCUGCUGGCAUUCAACAUCGGCAUUGAGAUCCAAGGAAGAUUGAUGAGGUUUUCUUCUGAAGCCCACAACAUCCCUCAGAGGUUUCACCCUCCCAGUGUCGUGGGGACCAUGGGAAGUGCGGCUGCAUGUGCUCGCCUCUUGUCUUUGGAUCACUCCCAGUGCAGUCAUGCCUUGGCUAUAGCGGCUUCUCUAUCAGGAGCCCCAAUGGCGAAUGCAGCCACUCAGUCGAAACCCCUCCACAUUGGUAAUGCCUCGCGUUUCGGGUUAGAGGCUGCUCUGCUGGCCUCCCGAGGCCUUGAAGCGAGUCCCCUGGUCCUGGAUGCUGUUGCUGGUGUGGCCGGCUUCAAUGCUUUUUUUGAAGACUAUGUGCCGCAGCCUUUAGAAUCACCCAAUGAUGGUGGCCAUAUGUUCCUGCUGGAGGAGCAGGACAUGGGCUUCAAGCGCUUCCCUGCCCAUCUGGGGAUGCAUUGGGUGGCAGAUGCUGCAGCCUCGGUCCAUAAACUUCUUGUGGGGUUUGGCCCUGGCACUGUUUCUCCAGCUAAAGUCCAACAAAUUAUUCUCAGAGUUCCCAAAUCAAAGUACAUUGACAGGCCUUUCCCUGACUCUGAGCAUGAGGCCCGCCACUCCUUCCAAUUCAAUGCUUGCAGCGCUCUCCUUGACGGGGAGGUGACUGUGCAGUCUUUCUCACCCGUUGCCAUGAGACGCCCUGACCUACUCGCUCUGCUGAGCCGCGUUCACAUGGAGUAUCCCCAAGAUAACCCAGCUAAUUUCAACAGCAUGUAUGGCGAAAUCCAGGUGACACUUGUUGGGAGUGACAUUCUGAAGGGACGCUGUGACACCUUCUACGGUCACUGGCGCAACCCGCUGACCAAUGAGAGCCUGAGAAAGAAGUUUAGAAACAACGCAAGGGCGGUGCUACUCCCAGAGAAGGUUGAGAGGCUGAUUGAUGUGGUGGAGGAGCUUGACAGACUUGAAGACUGCAGGACCCUUCUCUCACAACUGUACUGA